GUAAUGCCGAGGUUGUUGACCAGGUUGUUCACGACCUUCUUGAAUCGAACGGCGACGAGUGCGAUGAAGGCCCUCUUCGAGAGAGCGGCGUCGAGCCUCGUCGGCGACCUCCGCGGCCUGCACGCGCAGUGCCAGGCGCUGCAGGAGUCGAAGAACGCCGGCGUCGACGACGUGCUGGAGGAUCGGGAUUGCGAAAACAGAGCAGUCCAUGAUAAUGAACGGCUUCACGGCACUUUCGGAUUGUCAGCCGUUGCUCAGUUUGCUCGGCUCCGACCGGCAGGCCUGCCUGCAGCUGGUGAGAGGUCUUCAUGGACAGCUCAUCAUGCUGUUCUUGACCUUCGCAGAGGCAUGCUACGCCUACAUUGGACGCUCUCCGGACGAGGCCAGGGGCUCGGACCCGUCGCUGUCGGGGGCGGACAAGGCGGCCCAGGCGGAGAUCGCGGAGGUCGAGAAGCUCGAGUGGAAUGGCCUCUUUGGCCUGGCACUCGUGCGAAUAGGGAGGCAUUUCGAGGUGAAGGCGAUCGACAAGGUCUGGUGUGUGGCCAAGGACCUUUUCGUCGGGGACGUCGCCGCCCCUUCGGAGCUCGCCACAAGCACCGCCGUGGUGAAGGCCACGAGGGCCGCGGCGCAGGCCGUGAUAACCUAUUACGCGCUGGUGAGCGGCCAGCGCCUGGCACACUUCUUCCGGAGAAUUCGGUGCAGAACCGGAAUUGGUCGAGCAUGCGCGAACCUCGUGAGCCAAGACUAGUGGUCGAGAUGGUGCUGAAGGAGGUGCACGCCUUCGACGUGCAGCUUGCGCGGAUCCUCGGGGACCCCCGCAAGCCGCGGGAGGCCCGCGACCAGCGGCGUACGCUCAGCCAUUUCAAGAACUCGAUGGAGUUGGAGAUGGAACGACUGUGGGCAAAGAAGUUGCAGGUCUACGCCCCGGUGCCGUUCAAUAGGAACGGCGCCGUCGUGGCCAUCCUGCGCAUCGCGUUCAAGGCCCUCUACGAGUACCUCCGGGAGGAGACGUUCGCCAAGUUCGGCCUCCAGCAGAUCCAGGUGGACUGCGCGUUCCUGGCCGAGGCCGCCCGCGACUACGUCGAGCAGGAGGACGCCAGCCUGCUGGACAGCCUGCUGGACGAGGUGGUCACGUCCACCUCGCAGCGGUGCGACGACCCGGUGCUCAUGGACGCGUCCGUCGUCGAGGCCCUGUGCGACGAGAAAAAGCGGAAGGGCAUCAAGCUCGACGCCUGA